GCGAUGCAAAUUGGGUACGGUCCAUGGGACUCUGAGGGCGGAUGGUGGACUACUGGACUCCGUUUGUCAGCUGAAAGAGGAGAGCACCGGGCGGUUCUCUCCUUGUUGUCUCCGCUCUAGUUUCAGAAUAACGGUGUUGCCACUGCCAUGGAAAACAUAAGAUUCCAAUGGGACUAAAUAACAGAGUAUGAGCAGCGGCUGAAAAUAAAACGCAGCGGCUGUCUUCCUGUGGAUUUUUUUCCUUGAACAUGCCUGAUCUAUGGAGUAGUCCUGAGCGAAGCUAGCUGGCGGUCUCCCCGGCUAGCGCAUCGUUUCCACUUAUUGGAUGUAUCUGUAUAUGAACGGCUGAUUUGCUUUGGAUCAGCUUUACCCAUCAUAAGGGUCACCAUGGGGGAGCCUAGUCUGGAUGACUCCAAUGUCAAGGUGGCUGUCCGUGUCCGGCCCAUGAACAGAAGAGAGAAAGAACUAAAUACAAAAUGUGUAGUGGAGAUGAUGAAGAACCAGACCAUCCUUCAUCCAGCAGGGACCAACCUGUCCAAAGACUCCAGGAGCCAGUCCAAGGUGUUUGCAUAUGAUUACUGUUUCUGGUCCAUGGAUGAGUCGGAUACAGAAAAAUUUGCAGGUCAGGAGGUGGUCUUCCAGUGCCUUGGGGAAAGCCUUCUCAACAAUGCCUUUCUGGGCUACAACGCCUGUAUCUUUGCUUAUGGACAAACGGGUUCAGGAAAAUCCUACACCAUGAUGGGGUCAGGGGACCAGCCCGGGCUGAUUCCCCGCUUAUGCAGUGCUUUGUUUGACCGAACACAGAAGGAACAGCGUGAGCAGGAGAAUUUUACUGUUGAGGUGUCCUACAUGGAGAUCUAUAAUGAGAAGGUCCGAGAUCUGCUUGACCCCAAAGGGGGCCGACAAACACUUAAAGUCAGAGAACAUAAAGUACUAGGACCCUAUGUAGAUGGCCUCUCUCGACUAGCUGUGGCCAGUUACAAGGACAUUGAGUCUCUCAUGUCAGAAGGGAACAAGUCUCGGACUGUUGCUGCUACUAACAUGAACGAGGAGAGCAGUCGAUCACAUGCUGUUUUCAACAUCAUCUUGACGCACACGCUGAAAGACCUGCAGUCUGGGACAAGUGGAGAGAAAGUGAGCCGACUGAGUUUGGUAGACCUUGCUGGAAGUGAAAGAGCUGCCAAAACCGGUGCAGCAGGUGAAAGACUGAAGGAGGGAAGCAACAUAAACAAGUCAUUGACUACUUUAGGUCUGGUGAUAUCUGCUCUGGCUGAACAAGGAACUGCCAAGAACAAGAACAAGUUUGUUCCCUACAGAGAUUCAGUUUUGACAUGGCUUUUAAAGGACUGUCUGGGAGGAAACAGUCGUACAGCAAUGGUUGCAACAAUUAGUCCAGCAGCAGACAAUUAUGAAGAAACACUGUCCACUUUGAGAUAUGCUGACCGGGCGAAAAAUAUUGUGAACCAUGCAGUGGUUAAUGAGGAUCCCAAUGCUCGCAUCAUUAGGGAGCUCCGUGAAGAAGUGGAGAAACUACGAGUUCAACUGACCCAGGCUGAGUCUAUGAAGGCUCCAGAGUUAAAGGAUCGCUUGGAGGAGUCAGAGAAGUUGAUUCAAGAAAUGACUGUAACGUGGGAAGAGAAGCUACGAAAAACAGAGGAAAUAGCACAGGAGCGACAGAAGCAGUUGGAGUCUCUGGGUAUUUCUCUCCAGUCGUCAGGAAUAAAAGUUGGAGAUGAUAAGAGUUUUCUUGUCAAUCUAAAUGCAGACCCAGCACUUAAUGAGCUACUAGUGUAUUAUUUAAAGGAGCACACAAAAGUGGGAUCCGCAGACUCCCAGGAUAUCCAGCUGUGUGGAAUGGGUAUCCAAGCGGAGCACUGUGUUAUUGAUAUAACUUCAGAAGCAGCUGUCAUUUUAACACCUUAUCGCAAUGCUAGGACGUGUGUUAAUGGUUCUCCAGUAUCCAGUGCUCUACAACUUCACCAUGGGGAUCGCAUCCUCUGGGGAAACAACCACUUCUUUAGAAUCAAUCUGCCUAAGAAGCGUACCCGAUCCGCUGAUGAUGAAGAAGGUGAAGGUGGUGUGAUGAAGAAUAGUAGCAGCAGUGAUCAGCUAGAUCCGGACGGUGACACAGCCAGUGAAGUGUCCAGUGAGGUCAGCUUCUCCUAUGAAUUUGCCCAGACUGAAGUUAUGAUGAAGGCCUUGGGCAGCAACGACCCAAUGCAGGCAGUGCUUCAGUCUUUGGAGAGGCAGCAUGAAGAGGAGAAACGCUCAGCUCUGGAGCGGCAGAGACAGAUGUACGAGCAAGAGCUUCAGCAGCUCAGAAGAAAACUCAACCCUGACAGACUGUCCGUAACCCCAGCACCAACUCAACAAGGCCAGCAGUCCCACUACCGCAGUCUGGAGAGGCUCAGCAUGGGCGGGAUGAGCCACUCCACCAGUGCUCAAAGCAGACUCAGGCAGUGGAGUGAAGACAGGGAGGCUGUGUUGGUGAGGAGCCUGCGAAGGUUAAGGGAGCAGAUUGUGAGAGCAAACCUAUUAGUGCAAGAGGCCUGUUUCAUUUCCGAUGAACUAGAAAGACACACGGAGUACAGGGUUACUUUACAGAUACCAGCAGACAACCUCAACGCAAACCGCAAGAGGGAUGCCGUUCUCAGUGAACCAGCUAUUCAGGUUCGGCGCAGGGCUCGUGGAAAGCAAAUCUGGAGUUUAGAAAAAAUGGAGAAUCGUCUUGUUGAUAUGAGGGAGCUGUAUCAAGAGUGGCAAGAGUAUCAACAACAGGACCAAGACAACCCUGGAAUGAGGACAUAUUUUCGCCGAGCUGACCCAUUUUUUGAUGAGCAAGAAAACCAUAGCCUCAUUGGCGUUGCCAAUGUAUUUUUAUCAUGCCUUUUCUAUGAUGUAAAACUCCAGUAUGCAGUGCCUAUUAUCAACCAGAAGGGAGAGGUGGCAGGACGUCUUCAUGUGGAAGUGGUAAGAGUAGGAGGUGGUCUUGAAGACAGUGUAGCUGGUGGUGACGACCCUGACAACGUCCAAGAUAAUGAAACAAUUGAAAUUCAGGACCGUAAAUUAGUCUGUAUGAUCAAGAUCCUGCAAGCCACUGGGCUUCCUCAGUACCUGUCCAACUUUGUCUUCUGUCAGUACUCAUUCUGGGACCAGUCUGAGCCUUUCAUUGUUGCCCCUGAAGUUGAUACAUCAUCCUCCUCACCAAGUGGCAAAGAUCCUCAUUGCAUGGUGGUGUUUGAUAGUUGCAAGGAGCAUGCAGUGUCUGUUUCAGAGGAUUUUAUUGAAUAUCUGACUGAGGGAGCAGUCGCUAUUGAAGUUUAUGGGCACAGACAGGCAGACGCAGGCAGAAACCCAGCUCUGUGGGACCUAAGCAUCAUCCAGGCCAAAACACGCACUUUACGAGACAGAUGGAGUGAGGUAACUCGUCGCUUGGAGCUGUGGAUUCAGAUCUUGGAGAUAAAUGAAAAUGGAGACUUUGUUCCUGUUGAGGUCAUUCCUGCUAGAGACAUUCGAACCGGGGGAAUCUUUCAGCUUCGUCAGGGUCAGUCUAGGCGAAUCCAGGUGGAUGUGCGUUCAGUUCAGGACUCAGGCACCAUGCCUUUGAUAGCAGAGAUAGUUCUUGCUGUGUCAGUAGGCUGUGUGGAGAUCAGAUCAACUACAACCAACCAAGAGGGCGAUGAGAUGGACAGUUAUCAGGAAAGAGAUCUUGAGCGAUUGAGACGACAGUGGUUAGCUGCUCUAACAAAGAGGCAGGAAUACCUUGACCAACAUCUGCAGAAUCUGGUCAGCAAAGCAGAAAAGACGGAAGAUGACAUGGAAAGAGAGGCUCAGCUGCUUGAGUGGCGCUUGACUCUGACUGAGGAAAGAAAUGCAGUGAUGGUGCCCUCUGCUGGUAGUGGAAUUCCUGGUGCACCUGCUGAAUGGGUACCUCUUCCAGGCAUGGAAACACACAUUCCAGUCGUCUUUUUGAAUCUACGGCCUGAUGACCUGAGUUCUCAGGAUCAGUUUGAGGUCCCUGAAGCUGGUGGCUGGGAUGCCACUUUGAGUGGAGAGGAUGAAGAUGAUUUUUUUGACCUUCAGAUUGUGAAACACUAUGAUGGAGAGGUGAAAGCAGAGGCAUCAUGGGACUCUACUGUGCAUGAGUGUCCCCAGCUCAGCCGUGGAGGGACGUGGCCUGAACAGAGGGUCUACCUGACAGUUCGUGUAGUGGUUCAACUCAGUCACCCAGCGGAUAUGCAGCUUGUGCUCAGGAAAAGGAUCUGUGUCAAUGUCAACCCUGGGCGCCAGGGCUUUGCCCACAACCUCCUCAAAAGAAUGUCCACUCGCAGCACCAUCCCCGGCUGUGGGGUCACAUUUGAGGUGGUCUCCAACAUUCCUGGGCAGGAUGCCCCUGGUACAGAGGACCGAGAAAUGCUGGCACGGCUCGCUGCUAACGCACACAACAGCCAGUCAGGGGAAGAAGAAGCUGCCAUUGAGAAAUACCUCCGCAGUGUGCUCAGUUUAGAGAACAUUCUCACUUUGGACAGACUCAGACAGGAAGUGGCUGUGAAGGAGCAACUGACCUCAAGAGGAAAGAGCAGUAGAAGAAGCUUAAGCUCUCCAUCAGUGAAUAGACUGUCGGGAAGUAGGCAGGACCUGUCCACAAGCUGUCUAUUGGAUGACAAGGUUCGAUGGGAAAGUCAACAGGACAUCUUCAUACCUGUCCAGCGCACUCUCCCACGUCCAGCCUCUUCACCCUCCACCUACUCUCCAUCGCCACCCUCAGCCCCAACUCCUCUGUCUGCCUCUUCUCCACAAACCCAGGAACAAGAGCAAGGUCGUUCAGGACUUGCUGCCUCUUAUCUUUCAGUGAAGGCGCUGGUUCCUCAGAUGCCCAAACUGCUCAAGUCUUUAUUUCCAGCACGAGAUGACAAAAAGGAGCUGAGGCCAUCUCCACACAACCAGCAGCACAUGCCACGUAUAGUCUCUUCAGCUGGGCUAGAAGAGCGAGAUGCCAAGGUUGACGUGACCAAUAUUCUUCAGGCAUCCUCCAAAGACAGGCGGGCAGACUUCCCGGAUGUCCCUCCUCUUCCUGUGCAUGACCCGCAUGACACCACUCCCCUGAGCCCCCUGAGCCAAUCCUCCAGCGGCUAUUUCUCUAGUAGCGUUUCCACGGUAACCCUGUCAGACGUGCUCCACCCUUCCUCCUCGUCUUCCUCCCUCGUGGCUGCUGAGACUACAUUACCUGCAGUUUACCAACAGCAAAACACUGACCAGAGUGAUGUUAUGAACUCUCCUCCCCAGUGCGGAUCCAAUAUGGCCGUUAUUGUCCAGCCCACUUCUCAUAGCUCAGCCAAUAUCAAGAACGGAACCACAGAAAACUCCUCCUCCAGGCUAAAACACCUUACCUCAUCUGAAAACUUUGAAAGGCUGGAGAUUUGUGUAGAUGAUGAUGAACGCAACCACGACGAAGUGCUCCCUGAUUGGCUGACCGAGGGCGCUUAUGUUACAGUAGGAAGCAAUAAGGCGGGAACUGUCCGCUUCGUGGGACUCACUCAGUUUGCCGAAGGAGUAUGGGUGGGGGUUGAACUGGACACACCAGUAGGUAAGAACGACGGCUCAGUGGGAGGCCAUCGCUACUUCCACUGUAAGCCGGGUUAUGGCGUUCUAGUUCGUCCAGACCGUGUGUCCACUCGAGGAACGGUACGCAAACCCCCAGGAGACUUUGGCCCUGCCCCCCAUGUCCCCGUCCUCAGAGGAGACUCACUGGUUGGCCGUCGGGGGGAGAACCGCAAGUCAUGGACCAGCUGAGACAGACUCCAAAAGGAUUCUGGGAGAAUCCAUGUCCCCAAAACCCUUCUUCUGUUUUCUAUGCAACUGUCUUCUGCCAGCUGGACGCUUGCUCAUAUCAUCCAUCACAACUAAUGGAUAAAAAUAAACGUCUUUGCAAGAAGGACCAUAAACAGGACUAGAUAAAAGAAAGUUUUAGAUUUAAGCAGGAUAUAUUUAUUUUGAACUUUGGAGGUUUAGAUCAGUGGUGGCAGUCAACGGAAGACUGCUUUUAAUGGACUCAGAACAGAGAUGCAAACAUGUUGCUGUGUUGUGUGACUUCGAUUUGACUGUAUUCUAUGGAGAGCCAGUGUGGGAAAUCUAAGUCUAGUAUCUUUUUUUAAUGGUUAGACAAUUGGGCAUAUUUUUGGCCGUUGUUUGUCUAAUCUUCUGUUUUCUGCACUCUGGCCAUGACCCUUUGUACUUUUUGUCUAUGAAUGUAAAAAGUAAUUCUUGGCGUAUUUCUGGAGUGCUUUUAAUACAACUCUCACAGCGACAUGUUUGCAUUUGUUAGACCUCUUUAGAAGCAGGAAUCUACCUGUCUAGCGCAACAUCCCAUAAUUCAUUGUUCCUUCUACCACAUGUCUGAGCUGUGAGGUGUGGUCGUCCUCUCUCCCUCCAGAACUCUUCUCCCAGAACGUGCCUUUACCAUUGUUUAGUUUGUAUUUGUUUUGUUAAUUUAAGGUUUGCGCUGUGGUUUGGAGGAUGACUUGUGCAAAGUGUAAGGUGAUCUCAGGGACUGCAGAGGAGAGCAGAGACACGAGAGGUUUAGGACUGUCAAUGUUGUCUUUGAAGUAUAAAAGACGGCAGUCAUCGCCAUUGGAUAAAGCCACUAUGAAAGUUAACAGUUUGUUAUGGGAUAUGGUUUUUGCACUGAGAUGUUUGACUCUGCAUUGAACAGUGGAAAAGGAAGUGUAAUUAAACCAGCUAGAGAAUAGAAAAGAAUAAUGUAUGGCAUCUGUACAGCAGGUGGCGCCAUGUUUAGGUCUCUGGGAAGGUGUUAGUGUGGAGGGGCAGAAGUAUGUGGAAAGGAGGGGAGAAGUGGCAUGUAGAGUUCUAAUGGGAAUUCACAUAGAAUGAAGCAUUAUUUUUUUCCACUAUGCAUUUGUCAUUUUCAUGAGUGUUUAAUCUUGACACAUCUGGGAAAAACAAACUAAUGGAUGCUUCUUGCAUAUCUGGUGAGAAAGGACAAGGUACAGCCUUGGCAGACUGUGAUGUUUUUAAAUGAGAUUUUUAUUGAAUGUCACAUUCCAGAGGGACUUCAAAGUUUUAUAGUGACCUUGGCUCAGUAGAUUGAUUGAAAACGUUUGGAUUUUCAAACAUAUCCAGCAGAACAAGCCAGAACACGUCAAGAGCAAAUUUAGCCAUGCCUGAAAAAGCAAUACACAGAUGCAAUAUAGGCCUGUUAAAUUAACACGCAGAAAUAUCAUUUGGGAGCUGAUACAUCAUGUAUCAUGCACAUAAGCACACACUAUGUAGUCUACUUAUGAUUAAUGCAGAGUUUGCAUUCCUUUUAUUAACAUGUCCUAUCUGAAGGACUGAUUUUCUUUUUUAAUUUAUUUGUAAAUGCUUUUACAUGUUUUUAUUGCAUGAAAAUUGCUAAUUUAAUCAAUGUUGCACAAAUGAUUUGAGAAAAUCGCUGCUAUUGUAAAUUCAAAUGUAAAAUACGUAGCUCAUUUUGGGAUGAUCAUAAAUCAUAGUCAUCUAUUACUGUGUACUAGAUUGGAAUUUUAUCCAUAUGCCUUUGCCUUUGAGCUAAAGUUGGCAGCAAACUAUUUUUAUGAAGCAGUAAAUUGAGAAGGCACUUUGUCAUGUGAACCUUGAAGAAGGAAAGGCUGGAAUAAUUUCUGGGAGAUAAUUAUUUUUUAUCAAAGAAAGUAGAUACUGUGAGCUGUGGAAGUUAAUGGAAACAGGACAUACGGUAUGUUUUGUGUCUGUGCAUCUUGAAAGCUUGCAGAAAUAUCAGUGUAUAGCAGUUUAUAAUUGUUGAAAUAAUGAAGGGAAUGAUAUUUUGAUAUUUGUGGGGUUGUGUGUAAUCUUUGAAUUCUGUUAAGAUGGACAUUUACUUUUCCUUCUUGGCCAUUUUUUUGUGUGCCUCAAAUACAUGACCAUCUUCGACGCAGAUUCUCAUAUCAGUGCUUCAGUACAUUUGCACAAUUCUCCAGAAGGAAUUAAAAGAUAGUUGUGGAACUGUUGUAUAACAAAAACUUGUGAUUGAAAAACAAGAUUCAGUGUUCUUAUUUAGUCUAAGGUGACGCCUGUUAGUGUAAUGUACAGUGAAAGAUGUUGAUGUUGGAGCAAUAUGCUUUUCAAGUAAAAGUUUUACAUAUUUUCUGUAAAAUGUAUAUGUAUGUGCAAUCGAUGUUUUAAAAAGUUUGCAGCACCAUACAAGCAUCUGAGUUAUCAAAAUAAAAAGUCUUCAUGAUGCACAUAUUCCAUCAAAACAUAAACAUGGGUGAACUAUUAAGAAGUCUGAUAUGCUUUUCCUUAAUUUGAAGUGCUCUUGUUGUCUCUAACUUUUAAGGUGCAUUUAGGUAUAUUGGAUAAGUGGUCAACUUUCUUAAGCCUUACAACAGCUAAGCCAGAAGUCUACGUUCUUUACUAUUAAAGUAGUCAAUUCAAAUGUUUGGUUCUCUUUCAGCACUAAUGGCAGACUGAGGAUUAUGAAGCUCCUGCAUUAGUAGUGAGUUCUUGUUCUACCUCGUCCUUUUCUGUUUGGGAAAAUAUUUGGUGCUUUUCAUUAACUUUUUUUUUUUUAAUAAAGCAUACCAUCCAGAUUUAUUCGGUUUUACAUUAAAUCUAGUCAACUGUGUCUCUAGUGUGAACAUUACAUUUGGUGAUUGAUUGUAUGUCAAUGUGCAUAAAAAAAAAAAAAAAAUCUGAGCACAAGUUUUGGUUAAUUGCAUUCUAUGUAAUACGUGCUGCAAUCCAAAGACAUGUAUAGUGACACAUUUAUAACUUUGUUUUUUAACCAUCAACCAUAAUCUGAAAAGGAAAUAAAGACAAUAAUGUUUUUGCUGUAUUUGUAUAACUACUUGAACAUGCAACAAUAAAAAAGGCUUCAAUUCA